AUGGCUUUCGGAUUCCUGCUCGCUUCGGUCGGCUUGGCUGCGAUGUGCUCAGGCGCAGCGGCGAGUCGUUCCGAGCCUGUGGGAGCUUCGGGCUUCAGUCUGGAGGAUUAUGUGCGCUCAGGCAACCUUCACGAGGGACUGGAGUCCUGGAUGGAGAUCUUCCAGAGCUUCGGACGAGGAGAGCGCAUGGAGCCUGAGGUCUUGCAGGAAAUGACACAAACUGUUGGCACGCUUGACGCUGCCGAUGAAAGCAGUGCAUCUCAAAUAAGUUCCUCAGGUGUGGACCCGGAUUUGACGAAGGAGCUGGCCAAGCCGAGCGUCAGGGAGCGCGUGCAGGAUUUCGCUUCCAAUCCCGAGCUUCUCACGAAAGUUAUCCAAGAGAACUCCUUGGUGCAGCAGCUCGCAGCCAUGAAUCCGGCGGCAGCUGAAGUGAUCAACAGCCCGGAAGCGUUGCAGAAGAUUUUCAGCAAAGAUGUGUUGGACGUCUUGCAGCAGGGCAAGAGGCCCGACGACGCUGCACUUGAGUCCAUACUGGAGUCGUCGCAGGCAUCGCAGAGCACCCGCUAG